AUGGAUGACUUUCACAACUUGAACUAUCAUGGAUACACUCUUGAAAUACACCAUGGCGGGUCCUUUAAGGAAGAAGGAGGAGAAUUGUUGUAUAGUGGGGGUGAGAUAUUGCGUUGGGAUAUUGACCCAGACAAAGUGUCAAUUACUCAUAUGGUGAAAGAAUUAGAAAAGAUGGGGUACAAAGGUAAUGUAGAGGUGGUCUUGUGUCGGGUCCAUGGGAAGGGGUUAAAAGAUGGAUUAUUUGAGGUUUAUAGGGACAGUUCUGUCAUUCAACUCAUAGGACAGUUAUUAGAGCACAAACAUUGCCAACUGUAUGUCAAACACAAAACCGACCCUAACCCUAACCCUAAAGCAUUUCAGCAACAUAAGGUGGCUACUGAGGAAGGUGAUGAGGCUACUGAGGGAGGUUCUUUAGGAAGGAAGGGAGUUGAUGAUGUUGUAGAUCGAGUUGCAGAAGAAAGUGAAGAGAACAAUAGUGAGAGUGAGAGUGAUUUUGCUUUCGGGGAUGUGGCUGCAGAUCUAAGUGAAGAAGAUGAUCCUGAGCUCCAAGACAUCAGAUCCCAAGUUCAAAUUACGAAGGCAAAGAGAGCAAAAAAGUUGAAGAGUUUGAGUCUACAGAAGGAUGUACAGACCAUUAUAAGGGAAGCAAGACAAGAUAAGCAAGACAACAAGGGCAAAGAGAAAGAGGGCGCUAUUGUUUCUGUUGAUACAAGAGAUGAAGGAUACUUAACUGAUUAUCCAUCUUCUAAUGAAGCUUGCAGCAUUAACUCUGGUGAAUCAAGUUCAGAGUUUGGGGAUGAAAACACAGUGAGGAAAAUGUUUGACAAUCACACUUGCAAUAUCACAUACAAGAAUAGUAGAGUGAAUAGCCAAUGGUUGGCUAGACAUUACAUGGGCACAAUCAGAUCUCUUCCAUCAAUCAAGCUAAAUGAAUUCAAAAAGCUGGUGAAGGAGCAGCUAGGUGUGGAGUUUUAUGCAGAUGAGUUGAAGAGAGCGAAUAGGGAUUCCUCUGUUAGUAUGAAGGUUGAAAGGCCAAUACCAGCUGAGCCACCUAUAUUUGAUAGAUUUUAUGUCUGCUUUGAUGCUUUAAAGACGGGAUUUGUAAAGGGGUGCAGGCAAAUAAUUGGUGUUGAUGGUUGUUUCCUGAAGACAGUGGUUAAGGGUGAACUGCUUGCUGCCAUUGGUAGGGAUGCGAACAAUCAAAUGUUUCCCAUUGCUUGGGCAGUAGUUCAAGUUGAGAGUAUAGAUACAUGGUCUUGGUUUUUGAGUCAGCUUAAGGAUGACUUAAACAUAACUGAUGGCUUGGGUUGGUCAAUCAUAUCUGAUCAACAAAAGGGGUUGGUACAAGCGGUAGCUGCGUUGUUUCCUCAUGCAGAGCAUAGAAUGUGUGCAAGACACAUUUAUGCUAAUUGGGGUGGAAGUCACAAGGGGCCAAAGAUACAAAGGCAAUUCUGGAACAUUGCUAAAUCAACCACUGAAGUCGAUUUCAAAGAAAAUAUGGAGUUACUCUAUAAAAUGUCACCCCAAGCAUAUGAGGACUUGCUGGAAAGACCAAAUCCCAAGCACUGGUGUAAGGCUUUCUUUAAUCCCAUGGUUAAGUGUGACAUUGUUGAUAAUAAUUUGUGUGAAGCUUUCAAUGGGAGAAUACUCGAAGCAAGGUGUAAAUCUAUUUAUUCGAUGUUAGAGGACAUUAGGAAGUUGGCGAUGGAAAGGAUCCCAACUCAGAGAGCAAACUGUGAGAAAUGGAUGAAAGAUUUUGGUCCUAGAAUUGAAAAGAAAUUGCAAGAAACUCUGAAAUUGAGUAGGUAUUGUCAUGUUAUUUGGAAUGGUGAAAAUGGUUAUGAGAUCGAAGCUUGGGGCACCAAGUUUGUGGUUGACAUCAAGAAUAAAUCAUGUGAUUGUAGGGCAUGGCAACUUUCUGGAAUUCCUUGUUGUCAUGCUGUCUGUGCCUUAUUACAUAAGGGUGUAGAUCCAAGUGAAUCUAUUCAUAGCUUCUACAAGAAGGAAAUGUUUUUAGAAGCUUAUGGAAAGGUGAUGGAGCCUGUGAGGGACCCCAAGUUUUGGGACCGAAUUAACAUGCAUGAACCACCAAUACCACCUAUCUUGAAGAAGAAGAAAGGCAGACCCAAGAAACUGAGAAAAAAGACAGUGUUGGAGACUACCAUUGGAAACGAUGGGGUUGAGCAAAUGUCUCGUAAAGGCUGUAUGUCGAUAUGUAGGCCUUAUUCCUAUAGUGCAACAAAUGCCAACCCAACGAAGUUCAAAGGGACAAAAAAGGCAUGCGGGAGACCUGGAACACAAUCAAGAACUAUAGAUGAAGACCAUGCUGCCUCAACUCAGUCAUCAGUUGCUCAAACAAGGCAUUUCGAUAAUAGAGAAUACAUUGUAAUGAAUCCUGGAAGUGUAGGCGAAUUAAUCGUGGCUAGGGAAGCUGAUAUGUCUAGACAGACAGUGACAGCCAACCAACUUGAAGCCCAAGCACGAAAGAAACUGACCCAGAAGAAGUCAGAGGGGAGCAAAAAGAAAGGACUGCAAAAACGUGUCUGA